AUGCGGCCCUAUCCACCAGAAGAGGAUCCGACUGAGCAGCAAUACGGGCUGUCUGUGCCCGCCGGAAACUCGCCAGCAUUGCCUGAAAUCAAUGUUUCCAUCGUGGAGCCGGUUCAUCCAGAAGAGGAUCCUCCUGACCUCCACGGAGUUUCUGCUGCCGCCGACGAUGGUCGGAACAGUCGUGAGACCGAUGCUUCUUUCCGUCAAGCAGAAGAUGCUCCAGCCCCUGCAAGACUCUCAAAAUCCACAAGCGAGCAGUCUUUGCCAUCAUCCGGGAAUGCCCCAGAAGAUCGCCGAGCCGAUACCCUCAACGAGCAUGAAGCAUGGGCGGCCCAGUUCAUGUCCCGAAUGAAGCCAGCGGCCCCAGACAUCAUCCAGGCUGUCCGGGCGCAUCACGCCGUCAGAAUGUUCGGCCGCGUCUUUCGGAAUCGGAUAGGGGCAAGGGCAUCCUAUGCGAAAACGAGUAUUGAGACGACGACGAUAGAUCAAUUUUGGAGUCACAGCUGGCAUGGCCCGAAGUGGAACAAAGCUAUGACGGCUGUAUACCUGAAUAAUGGCAUGGUGGCAGCGCUGGUGGCGACCUUGGUUUCGGUGUUAUUGAUGUUACUCCAUGCCUAUCAGACCUUGCCAUGCCUUCGUUUUGGCAGGCCACUGUAUCCGGACAAUUCGUGCUGGGUCAGCGCCGUGUGCUUGUUGCUAUACUUCGCAGUCUUGCUCUUCUGGAAGCCAUCGCAGAAGAUUUUCUUGGAUGUCUUCUGCAUCGAUCAGGUGAGCCCGCGACGCUUUGCACUUGGGCUUGUAAGCAUUGGCGCAUUUCUCAGGGCCUCAGAUUCUCUUGUUGUCUUCUGGGAUCCGUCGUGGAGCCGUCGCCUGUGGUGUGUCUUCGAGCUAGCCGCAUUCUUGCAUAGUCGGAAUGCCGACGGGAGGAAGGUAAAACUGACUAUCAGGCCAACGCUGCUGGGUCCUUGUUUCAUCUCUCUGCCGAUGGCCCUAUCUUAUGUGAUGCUCGCACUCACAUUCUUCCCCAGCGAGAAGCACCUCGAAGGGACAGAUCCAGGCUUCCUGCGGUAUUUCGUUCUGUGGCCGUCCAUUGGGCUCUUCAUUUUGACAGGUUUUUUCUUCUCUGCGAUCAAGUUACGAGCAUACUUCCGCUAUGUGCAGGCGCUAGAGCAGGAUAUUGGGCAAAUUGUCGCCGACAGCAGCUCAUCCUACUGCUGCAGUGUUGGCCAUGUGUCUCCGGAUGGACAGCCUCUGACUUGUGACCGCCGUGUCAUCUUCCAGUGCAUCACGCUUUGGUUCGGCAGCGUCGAGAAUUUUGAGGCUCAUGUGCGAACAGAAGUUCUGCAAUGCCUGCAGGAACAGCUUUCCAGAGAGGUUUUCACAUACAAGCAGAUCGCUGUUUCAGCCUUACCGAUGCUUUGGCAUUACAUGGACGCAGCUGCCUCCGCUCACUUUGAUCAGCUAUCGCGAGGGGAGGAGCCAAGUGGGGCGGCUCUCCAAGAGCUGGUUCGAGGCUUGGGUUGGGCCUUUGGCGUGGUGCCUGCAACAAUGCUCAUCGCUAUCAGGCUCUCAUACCUGGCGCAAAGCAGACGGACCUGGGUGGUGUGUGAUCUGAUGGUCAACCUCUUCAUCAUAGCAGUAGUCUUCCUCUUUGUUUUCGGAGCUCUGGUAUUCGAGCAGUUGGCUUGGGAGUUCGACCCCGUGGGUCAGAACAUGAAUGUCUGGGCCAGACUUCUCCCGGGCUCAGCCAUCUUCAGUGCUUCGAUGCUCGUGAUCGCUGCCGUGCUUUCCACGAUGAGGCUAGGAUUCUACAAAACAGCCUGCUGCCUGUUCCGGUGUGCCAACCUCGCCGGUCCCCGAUCCCCAACAGCCGACACGAGUAUUGCUCAGAGCUUGGCAUUCUGCGGAGAGGGGUGUUGGCUCUUCAAGCACAAGCUUUCGAAAGCGGUGACGCAGACACCUCGAGGAUAUGAAGUACUCCUCCGACGGCCAGGCGGGCACAAGCGGGGCAGACGCUUCGUGGUGCACGAGCUACAAAGAGGGACCUUUCUUUGUGGCCAAUUCUUCGUUGACUGUGAGCAGAGCUCUGCGCAGUCGAUCCACUGGAGGCAGCAGAGGGACCCAAACGAGGUUUCCCAGUGGGUGCGGCCCGAGCCGCCGGAGAAUUCCCUGACAGUAUGUGAGACUGUCAAGACGGAGAAAGAGGUGGCUCCUGACGGAAGGUUCCUGCUUACAUGCCCGUUCUGCGACAGAGCUGUUCAAGCUUCUGAGGCUCAGAAGAGAAAGUCGCUAAGUGGCUUCCGGGCCUUGGCGCGGCAUGUGGAGGCGGAGCAUCAGCUGUCUCUUAGCCACGGCUUCUGCUCGAAAGUAGACUUUCUCCAACGCUUCCUCCAGCGAGUGGCAAAAAUCCAGGUUGACGAAGGUCAUUGGGCUCCUGACCUUGUGGUGGAUCACUUCGAGGAAGAUCCCUGGGUUCUUCUCUGCGCCUGCUGCAUGCUCGACGAGCUCGGCCUUACUGACUGGGCCCGACGACUGUGCUGGCAACAUCGUGAGCUGCUGGGGCCUUUGAUCAAAAAUAUCCCGGCCUGCGGGUAUCUGUGCAGCCCCAGCAUGCCGUUGCCCAAGCGGGAGGACCACUUCGGGCCGGUUCAGGAGGGAUGCCUUGGCUUGCCGGAGGACAUUUGCGUGACCUUUGUGGCUACUGAGGAGGCUCUAGCAGCUGUGAUCGAGAGCUUCCCAUUAGAAGACUUGAUUGGCGUCGAUUGCGAGCACAGCGGAUGGGGUAAAGAUGCUCGGAUCUCCUUGCUGCAGCUGGCGGUGGCCAUGGCGGUCUUCGUGAUCGACGUUCUUGCGCUUGCCAACAGCGCGGCUUUGGGACGUUUGUCGCCGUUGCUCAGUUCCGCGGCAGAGGUGGUUGCGUUCGACUUCUCCCGAGACUCUGGUCUCUUACAGGAAGCCGGGCUUUUGGGGUGCGAACCUCGCGAUCUUCGGAGUCACACGGAUGGAGGCUUGAAGAUGCUGGUGGAAGACGUGUUGGGCGCAAAGCUGUGCAAGGCUGAGCAGUGCAGUCGAUGGGCGCGCAGGCCGCUGAGGGCCAGUCAGCUGCACUACGCCGCCCUCGAUGCCUGGGUGCUGAUCCCCUGUGCAGAACGUUUGCGAUGA